CUCAGCCUGUUGCACAUAACCUUCACCCUUCACAGACAGACAGACAAGACAGUACCAGGGUAACAGUGGAGUAGAGUGGAACAUUUCACAGUCUCUGGUAAGACUGUUGCAUCCGGAGGGGUGAGGAGGAUUCGCAGCUUGAGUGCAGGAUGGAGGCAUAUGACGAGAAAACAAACACAAGUGGGAUGAUUUGUCUGAAAUAUCUACUAUUGACCUUUAACCUUCUCUUCUGGUUGGCAGGUGGAGUGGUGAUGGCAGUGGGGGUGUGGACCCUGGUGGAGAAGAGCGACUACAUCAGCCUCCUUAGCUCCAGCUACUACUCUGCCUCUGCCUACAUUCUGAUAGCUGCCGGGGCUAUCGUUGUCUUCACUGGGAUCAUAGGCUGCUGCGCCACCCUGAAAGAGAAGAGGAGUCUGCUAAUAGUGUAUUUAAUCCUGCUACUCCUCAUCUUCUUGCUGGAGAUUGUAUCUGGAGUUCUGGCCUACAUCCACUACCAGGAGUGUUUCCCUUUCUGCCAGCAGCUGGAUAAGGAGCUGCAGCACAACCUGAAGGAGACCAUGGUUCAGAAAUACCAGCAGCCUGGAGAGGGGAGCGUCACCAGUGCAGUGGACAAGCUGCAGCAGGAGUUUAAGUGUUGUGGCAGUAACAGCUCAUCAGACUGGUCAGACAGCGUGUGGAUCCUGACACCUGGCAAUGACAGACUGGUCCCAGACAGCUGCUGCAAGACACCCAGUAACCUCUGUGGCCAGAGAGACCACCCUUCUAAUAUCUACAAGGUGGAGGGAGGGUGCAUCACUAAGUUGGAGGAGUUCAUUCUGAGCCAGCUGCAGAUCCUUGCAGCAGUGGGGAUCGGGAUCGCCUUCCUCCAGCUCAUAGGGGUGAUUCUUGUUUGCUGCCUAUAUCGAAGUCUGAAGGAGGAGUCGUACUGAGCAUCGCUGAUGUCACAACAACAACAGCAAGAAGACAACAACAACAACAACAACAACAAUAUAUUUCCUAGUAUUUAGAUAUGCUUUCUCUAUGUCUUGGACGCUACGUACGUCUCAUGUAGAUAUGUUUUGUGUUGUAGUCAUUUUUUUCAAAGACAAAAUGAACCCAUGUUGAAGUUUUGGUAAGGCAGGCAACAGGCAGGAAGGAAGGCAGACAGACAGGCAGACAGGCAGACAGGCAGACAGACAGACAGACAGACAGG